AUGGAAUUAGUGUCUGCCCUGAGGCAACUCUUCAUAGGCUUCUUGCUAUUCUCAUUUGGCGAUAUUGUAAUAAAACUAACAACAGCUCAACAUUAUCGCCUUAGCACAGAUAUCUUGCCCGAUUUUUAUGAUAUCGCCAUUAAACCUUAUCUACAGGAGGGGGAUGGUACAAAACAAUUCACAUUUGAUGGUGAGGUAAACAUUACCCUCCAUGCUGAAGAGAAUAAUGUGUCGAAAAUCACUCUGCACAAAGCCCAAUUGAAGAUACUCGAUGUGAUCUUGUAUGACUCCAAUGGUCACUUAAUUGAACGCAUCUCCAUUGAUCGUCUGCAGUAUGAGGAGCCUACCAACAAACUAACUGUUCCGGUGACAUCGCCAUUGGUUAUGAAUCAGAAAUAUACCAUAUAUUUCAAAUAUAAUGGAUACAUACGUAACGAUAUGGCAGGGGUUUAUCGCGCUACCUACGAUGGCAUUAAUUGGUAUCUCCUUACCCAGUUACACCGCAUAGAUGCUCGAACAGCAUUUCCAUGCUUUGAUGAACCACAGCUAAAGGCCACUUUUCAAAUGCGUAUCAGCCGACCCAAGGAAUAUCAAUCGUACUUCAAUACUAGACUAUUGAGAACAACUUCGGACAGUGAUGGCCGUUAUACAGAUUAUUUUGAGAAGUCUCCACGCAUGUCGACCUAUGGUGUAGCUUUCGUAGUGGGAGAUUUCUUGGUGGAAGGCAGCAAUGAUUUGAAACUCAUAAUGCAUCCCAAAUUUAAGAACAAGACCAACCUAACCCAGGAAGUGGCUGUGAAAGCCAUAGCAGCUUAUGACGCCUAUACACAAAUGUCCUACAAAUCCAUGGGUAAUGAGAUAAUGCAAAUGCUUGGUGUCAACAGAUUUCCACACAGUGGCAUGGAAAAUUGGGGUUUAAUUUUGUAUAAAGAUUAUCUCUUGGCUCAUGAGCCCCAUGCCACUGAUGGCUGGGCCAACAAAGAACGCACUGUGGGCUUGGUAACACAUGAGGUGGCUCACAUGUGGUUUGGCGAUAGUGUCACUCAUAAGUGGUGGAGCUAUUUUUGGCUGAAUGAGGCAUUUCCUACUUACUAUCAGCAUUUUUUGACCCAUGAGAUUUAUCCCGAAUAUGAAUUGGAUAAACAAUUUGUCUUGAAUGAAAUGCAUACCAUAUUUGAUUUGGAUUCUACCAUCAACACACAACCCUUAACAAGCCCUGAGGAAAGUAUCCAGACUCCCAGUGAAAUUGGUUCUAAAUUCAGUAAUUUGGCCUAUAACAAAGGAGCAUCCUUUGUGCGCAUGAUAGCUAAUGCCAUGGGAAAAGAGAAUUUUGACAAAGCUAUGAGAGAGUAUUUGAAAGAUAAUCAUUUAAAAAAUCCCGCUCCCAAAGAUUUAUUCAAACAAUGGAAACAAUUUUGGCCAGCUGGUCAUCAGGUGGAUUUGAAUCAGCUAUUUAGUGAUUGGACUGAACAACCAGGAUUUCCCAUGAUACGUAUUAAGGCAAUAAAUUCAGGUCGUUACUUGCUAGAACAACAGAGAUUUCUGCUCGAUCCUCAGGAUGGUAGUGAUACCACUCUCAAAUAUACCAUACCCAUAACAUACACCACAAAUCGAGAGCGAAACUUUGAGCAACUUACACCGAAAUUCUAUUUCAACAAAUCUAUGACUCAACUGGAAUUUGGUGAUUCCAAUGCUGAUGAAUGGAUCAUCUUGAAUUUGCAGCAAUCUAACUAUCACAGAGUAUUCUAUGAAACUGACCUACUCGACAAACUUCGCAAGGCGUUUAUGGCUCCCAAACACAGUGAUAUACACGAAAUCAAUAGGGCCCACAUGGUGGAUGAUCUCUUCACCUAUGGCCGCAUAGGUCUUUUGGGCUAUGAUUGUAUUUUCGAAUUCAUGGAAUACUUGGCAGAAGAGACGGCAUAUCUACCCUGGCAUCCGGCCUUUAGAGCUUUUGAGACCAUCAGUCAACGUUUGACAUUGAGUGAACACGAAAAAUUUGGAGAAUUCCUAUUUGAAAUACUUUCUAAGGUCUAUGAACAUUUGGGAUUUCAUACUAAUCCCAACGACUCCAUUCUGGAUAUUUAUAAUCGCAAUAAAGUCAUUACCUGGCUGUGUAAAUACCAUCACAGAGAAUGUAAUCAAAAAGCCCAAUCCUAUUUCCAAACCAGCCUGGCCACAAAUGUUGCCACAGAUUUUCAAGAAUCUCUUUAUUGUGCUGCCUGCCGUGAGGGACAAUAUGAAAUCUAUUUGGCCCUUACGAAUCUAUACAAGGCUGAGACUUUGGAUAGUCAAAGAGAAAAGCUUAUGCGAGCCAUGGGUUGUACCCAACAUUUUGUGGGCAAUCACCUUGACUUCAUUCUAGGCGAUAAUGUAAAGCAAGAAGAAAAACCCGAAGCCCUGGCUAAUCUGUAUACUCAAACACCCGAAAACGUGGAACCUGUGUAUCACUUGCUUACGGAUUCCGUGGAACAGCUAGAGAUAAUUUUGGGUGGCUGGUCUAGCACUGCCAAUGUGAUCAGUGACAUUGCCAAUUACUUUACUACCCAACAUCAGUUGGACAUGCAUAAGCAGUUCAUUGCUGCGAAAGGACAUCUUUUUGGUUCUUCAGUUAGCAUUUUGGAAAAUUCCGUCAAGACUGUGGAGAAAAAUUUGUUGUGGUCUCAAAAACAUUUGGGAAAACUAUUUGAAUAUCUGGAUCAACGCAAUGGGGCGAUUUCAUUACGCGGCUUGGGCUCUUUAGUGCCAUUACUGUUGGCUUACGAUAAUUUUUUAUUAAACAAAACUACACCAUGA